CGCGCGCGCGCGCGCAUGCACACACACGCAGCACUUCUAUGUUUGUCAGACUCAAAUCCGAGGGAGAGGAGCUAGCCGCCAUUUUCUAAGCGUCUCUCCCUAAAACGAGAGAAAUAGGCUCUCGACAAACGGCCAUCCGGAUCACCUCCCGCGCACUGAGAAUCGGGUUUUUAGGUGGAGGGUCACCCCGAAAGCGCCUACGUUUGAACCGAAGCGGGGAACGAAGGGCAGUUUCACGGCCUUGUCUUCUUUUCGCCGUAGCGGCGAGGCGAGCUAGCAGUCGAGCAAGGUGUAGAUCGUUGAUUCGCCCAUUGCCUGAAUCCGGAACGGACGCGAGCGGCUCGCGGAACCGGGCCCAGUUCGCCGCUCUGGCUGCAUUUUUGGAUUAAUUGAUGGCAGAGUGAUCGAGUGGAGGCGGAUUUUUUGUGGUAACACCCGUGAAUUUUUUCCAUCAAACUGCAGGGGAUUGUUGCCGAAAUUCCCUCGGAUAGUGCAAGCUCGUCACGUGGCUGUCCUCAGGUGGGGCAGUAAGCGGGUGGUGUGGAGCAGGCAGCGGUGCCCGUCCCUCUGCACUGCAUGGCUGCGAUGGCGCCCGCUCUCACCGACGCCCCAGCCGAAGCUCACCACAUCCGCUUCAAAUUGGCUGCCCCGUCCUCCAGUCUCUCACCGGCCAGUGCAGAGAACAACAGUAACGCCAGCAACAUCCUUAUCCAUAGCAGCGGCUCCGCUAAGUGCAAGGCCGCCUCCGAAGAGUGUCCUCUUGACUUUUGUGGCGGCGACCAGGAGCAGCAGCAGCAGCAGCCCCAGUCUGACUCUGUGGCCCAGGCCCAGGCCCUGGGCAAGCUCCAGCCACUGGUGGCUUCUUACCUAUGUUCUGAUGUGACAUCGGUCCCUUCAACUAAGGAGUCAGUCAAGCUACAAGGAGUACUCAUCAAACAGUCUGUGCUGAAAGGCCACAGAAUUUUGCCCGGCGCCCUGCUCAACGGAGGAGGAGACUUUGUGUUGAGGAAGAGGCAGGCGAUAGAACUCUCUAGCGGCCAGAUCAAAAGCCUCAUGAGUGGCAGCACUAACGGAGGGGGCCAGCCCAUGGCACCUGUCAAUGGCCUGGCCAAGAAGCUGGCCACUAUGUCUGGUUCUGGCUGUGUGGUAGCCGUGAAUGGGGACAAGCCUUCUGCCACCACAGACUCUCAGUCCCGUAACCUGCACUUGGACUCUGAGACUUUGACAGCUACCAUAUCGGGUCAUAUCCAGGUGAAAGGCCCCCAUAAACAGAAUCAUUCCCCUGGCGUUCCUCAAAAUUCAGAUGUAAAAAAUCUAGACCCACCAAUCCUUCAGUCUGCUGCACUUUCCCCCUUUACCCAUGAAAGCGCUAACCCUGCUGAACAUCUGACUUCAGAGGAGGCUGAUUCUCACAUGCCCAGUCAGCUACAGGGGUCAAACAGGGAGCGAGCGGGGAGCAGCCAGCAGGGCUCUCCAUCCUGUACACCUGCACCACAGCCCCCUCGACCCUGUAGUUCUUCCUCAGACUCCCUCGAGGCUCAUGUUAGGGAGCGCACCCUCCUCAACAGCAGCCGUCAGUCUGAGAUUGAAAGUCGGCUACGGCGCCUACGCAAACGUCUUCAGGUGGUACAGGCCAAACAGGUCGAGAGGCACAUCCAGCAGCAGCUGGGUGGGUUCUUGGACACGGCACUCAACCGGCUAUUGUCUGGAAACCGCAAAGCAGAGACUGCAACGCCCACAGCUUCAUGGAGAACUGGACGUCACUCUUCAUCCAACAGCAGAGACGGCCUCGGUCGCUUCCUGAAAAGCGGCUCCAUGCCUCUAGAACUGGAGAGGCUGUAUCUGAGCGGCACAGCUAAUCUCCAUUCUGCAGAAAGCGCCUUCGACUCAGACGUAACUGAAAGUAGCUCUGGUGGAGACUCUGACCUGGAGGAGGAGGAACUUUCCAGAGUGGACAUUGAGCAGCGACAUGUCAAACUAUGGAAGCGGGCGGAGAGCCGCUACACCAUGGAGAGAGCUGCCAUCAUCAGCCACUGGAACUGGCUUCAGGCCCACAUCUCGGACCUGGAGUACCGCAUCCGACAGCAGACGGACAUCUACAGACAGAUCCGUGCCAGCAAGGGCUCACUGGAGCUAGGAGGUGUUGCCCCCAGCAUGGUGCCUGUGAGUGGGACGGAAGUGAAGUCAGAGCCCGUAAAUACUCAGGAUGUCGUUUCAGAACGGCUGGAGCUCACAGGCGCCGCCCACAUCGCCAGCACAGAGCCAGGGCCUUGGAAAGGUCAGAACGGGCAGCCAGUGAACGGCGUCCUCAGCAGGAUGGCCGACGGCGCAGACACCAAGUACCAGCCGCCGCCGUGCGACAGCAGCUGCGUGGCCGCGCGCACGCGUCCGCUGGCGAGCUGCCGGCGGCGGCGGCUCAUUCAGCCCGGCGCCGUGCCCAACCUCAACGGCAAGGCCCAGAGAAGCAGCUGUGCUCAGUGUAACUGCAGGGUGAACCCUAGCUGUGUGAUGUGUGGUGGCUGGCCCACCCCCAGAGAGGACCUUCAGUAUGAGCUGCCCACCCUGGAGCGUCUGUCGCGACUGGACUUAGGCGUCCACCCCAUCCUCUCUUUCCCUGACGACGUUUGCGUAGGCCUCCGUCUGCAGCAGGUGAUGAAGAGCCAGUGGCAGACGAAAACGCUGGAGAGGAGCAAACCUCUGAAGAAGCUCUCCCUCAAACACAAGCUUUCCUCGUCCAAAGAGAAGCACAAGUUCACCAACUCGCUGAUGGCCGUCCGACUGGGCCACUACAAGAACCGCGCGGAGAAGCAGAGGACGGUGGAGAGCGGCGCCGGCAGCAGCGGCGGCGCCGGCCGGGCCGAGGCCCAGGCCGCGUGCAGGGCCGAGCGGCUGCAGGCGCUGUCCUCGGCUCUGGGACCGUACGACAAGAGCUACGGCCGCAAGAGGCCGCGAGAGACGUCGCUGGACAGGAGCGACACCUCCCCCAAGCUUUUCCAGGACGCCGGCAGCCCCUGCCCGCCUCUGGCCAACAUGCACGCGUCCCUUCACAGCCCGCUCACGCGCCAGCUGUCCACGUCCUCAGAGAACGCCCACCUGCUGGGCGCCGGCAGCCAGAGCAGCACGCCGCAGCAGCCCAUCAAGAGGAGGCGCGGCGAAAGCUCCUUCGACAUCAACAACAUCGUGAUCCCCAUGUCGGUGGCAGCCACCACCCGGGUGGAGAAGCUGCAGUACAAGGAGAUCCUCACCCCCAGUUGGCGAUCUGUGGACAUCUUCUCUCAGCCAAUCACUGAAGAGGAGGAUGAACGGGAGGUGGAGGACCUGACCGACGCAGCGUUCAUCCAGCUCCAUCAGCCCUAUGAGGAUGGGGAGCGCGCCCGCUGGACCUGGAUGGCCUUGGCUCCGGCCAAGAGGAGGGGCAGCAGGUCGUACAAGUCUGUGGACGGGCGGACCACGCCGCUGCUGUGUGGCACCAACCCUCCCACCCCCCAGCCCGCCUCCCCCGACCCCAGCCACUGCCCCAUGCUCCACGACUACAGCCACGUGCCAUCGCCCAUGAGUCCGGCCAGCCCCGACACCGCCUCCAACCCCCACACGCCCUGUUCCAGGGACUCCCAUCGCCUGCUGUCCAGCGAGGACACGAGGUGCUCCACGCCAGACUUCUGCUUUGAAGAGCGGACGGUGGCGCCGUGGGAGCGCCGCGCCUUCCCUUUGCCAGAGGACCCGGCACCGGAGCCCGAGGUCGACAGCGACCACAUCAGGCCCAGAAUGCGCAGCAUCUCAGGUUGCCGAGCCGCAGCCUACGGACGUCUGGACUCGGACGACGUGGAGCCGCCUUGUGAGGACGACAGCGUCCACAAACACAAGGCCUCCACCCACCGAUGAAUGACUGACAGCUCCUCCCUCCCUUUCUCCACCACCACAGCUCCUCUCUGGCAUUAACAAGCAGAACCUCAAAGCAGAAUACGAUAAAAUGGGUUCCUGUUGUUUGAUAUUCAAACAUCAGUCUAAUACUUUCACAGUUUUUAGUGAACAUUAUGGAGAUAGAAGCCUUUCCCUACACUUGUUUUUGUCACAGGAAAAAAAGAUAAAUGUACAAAAAAAGUAUAAAACACAUUACAAAAAUGAUUUCUGUAGUAGGCUAAACAAUGUACAUGGGGGCUUAGUGGUGUUUCAUAUGUCGCGUGUACACUCGUAGCGCACUAUGUAGCGGACUCCUCAAAAUAUGGCCAAAGGGUGUUUUCUAUUGACUAGUUUGCUUGUAAUUCCCAUGUACAUUUUUAGUGGAGUGACAAAUAACAAAACAAGAAAAAAAAUCCCCCCAUUCAAAUAAACAGGUACAUUUGAGAUGUGGUUUGUCCUCCCUCCUCUAGAGGUCGCCUGAAAUCACCAGAGCACUUCUCCAACUGCCAAGUCUAGUUUUGUUGGUUGCUUUCUUUGUUUUUUCAUUCCUGACAUGUUUUAUUUGUGUCUGUUCUGACUGACAACACAUUGUGAGUUUUGUUUGUUUUUUAUAGUAAAGUCAUUCCUUCUCUGUACCCUUUGGAGAGUUUCCGCCUCCCGUUCUCGCCUCUGUUCUGUGUUAGCGGUUGACGGUGUAGAGGACUGGGGUGUCUGUCUUUCUUUCUUUUUGUUCUGGAGCACUUGCCCUGCUGAACGCGCUGCCGCAUGCUGAAAUGUUUCAACGGCACACAGAUUUCACAAUAAACUAAAGGAAUAAUCUCAGUGGAUGCUGAUUUCACCACCCUCAGUUGUUGCUGUAAUAGAAAAGAGACAAACAAUGAUCUGUUUUGUGGCUCAGCUUCACAAAUUCCUCCUGCCAACAUUUCAGAUGUAGCAGUUGUCAGCCACCACCUCCAGCUCAGGUUCUAUUUAAGGGAAUAUUUACUGCUGUUUAAUGGGUGCGGAUCCAGAUCAGCUGUUUCUGUCGCCCCACGUUACCAGUAGGAACCCCCCACCCCCCAGUAACUAAUUGCUAUGCAAAAAAAUUGAAAAAAAUCUGGUUUUCAUUUUACACCUGCCACAGCCAUUCAAUCACUUUUCUUUUGUAGUUAAGCAAGAUGUCAAUGUACCUGUUCGAUUGUUGCAGCAGUUAACCGAAUCAAAAGCAGAAUUGUUUCUUUUUUGUAAAUAGUACCAUUAAAACAUUUAUGUUUAACUUGG